GUCCGCCAUGACGAAGUGGGUCCACAACUUCGGCCCAGGAGAAGAAGGCGCCACCAAUAGGAAGGAUUUGCUGGGAAACAAGGGUGCCCACCUGGCAGAGAUGGCUUCCAUCGGGUUGCCUGUGCCGCCUGGCUUCACGUUGACCACCGAAGUCUGCAACUACUUCCAGCAGCACGGGGUCUUCCCGGAGGGACUCAAGGACGAGGUGCUCAAUUCUUUAGCCCUUGUGGAGCAGCGAACAGGAAUGAAAUUUGGUGACUCUACGAACCCGCUCCUGGUGUCGGUACGUUCCGGCGCGCCUCCUUCAAUGCCCGGCAUGAUGGACACUGUGCUGAACGUGGGAUUGAAUUCCAAAACCGUCCAAGCCAUGUCCGAGAAAUAUGGCGAUCCGCGCUUUUCCCUUGACACCUAUAGACGCUUCAUUCAAAAUUAUGCUGACGUGGUGCUGGGUCUCGAUGUGAACUUCGAGGAGAUCUUGCGCCGGGCAAAGCAACGGCGCGGAGUGAAGCAGGACUACGAGCUUGAGGAGGAGGACCUGGAGAAGCUUGUGCGAGACUAUAAGACCCGGAUCUACGCGCAACUGGGCCAGGAAUUUCCCACAGACCCCUUGGAACAGCUCUGGGGAGCCAUCAGCGCCGUGUUCAAGUCCUGGUCCAAUCCUCGAGCAAGGACUUACCGGGAAUUGCAUGACAUCCCAGAUGCGUGGGGAACUGCCGCGAAUAUCCAAGCCAUGGUCUUUGGGAACAUGGGCAAUGACUGUGCAACGGGCGUGGCCUUCACCAGGAAUCCUUCCACAGGUGAUAACCAUUUCUUCGGAGAGUUCCUUGUGAAUGCACAGGGCGAGGACGUUGUGGCUGGCAUCCGUACGCCCCGUGAGCUCACGACGCCAGCUCGACUGGCUCAUGGUGGUGACCUGCCCUCCCUGGAGGAACUCAUGCCCAAGAUGUUUCGAGAGCUCAUGGCCGUCCGUGAGCAGUUGGAGAAGCACUAUCGAGAUAUGCACGAAAUCGAGUUCACCAUCCAGAAGGGCAAGUUGUACAUGCUGCAGACCCGUGCAGGCAAGAGGACUACACCUGCAGCAAUCCGAAUUGCAGUCGACAUGGCCAACGAAGGUUUCAUCUCCAGGGAAGAAGCCAUCAUGCGCUUGAAGCCGCAGUUGCUGGAGCACCUCCUGCACCCCACUUUCGACCCAACAGCGCAGAAAAAGGUCAUCACCAAGGGCCUGCCAGCAUCGCCUGGUGCCGCGGCUGGCAAGGUCGUGUUCUGUGCUGACGAGGUGUGGGCAAUGGAGCAUGAUCUCCACGACCUGUGUUUUGCCCUUUACCUGUGUCCAGUGGUAGCAGAGCAGGCCGUGCGACGGGCAAAUGAUGGGGAGCGAGUCAUCCUGGUGCGAAGCGAGACGAGCCCUGAUGAUAUCCACGGACUUCAUGCAGCACAGGGUGUGCUGACAAUCACCGGCGGCAUUACCAGCCAUGCUGCCGUAGUGGCCCGUGGCAUGGGCCGGCCAUGCGUGGUUGGUGCGGGACGUCCAAGCGGCGCAGGUGCUGCAGAAGCAGGUGCUGCAGUCGACUUGGCAGCAAGGACUUUGCGAGUUGGUGAUGUUGUCGUGAAGGAGGGCGACAGACUCAGCAUCGAUGGCGUCACAGGCGAGGUGAUGCUGGGAGAGGUGCCCACCAUGCCACCGACUUCUUCCGUGCUGGGGAAGCAGUUCCAGACACUCAUGAGUUGGACAGACCUCUUCCGCAGCCUGCAAGUGCGUGCCAAUGCGGAGACCAUCGCCGACACUCGUCAAGCCAAGGAGUUCGGUGCGGAAGGCCUGGGUCUGGUCCGCACGGAGCACAUGUUCUUCGCCGGCCGGCGUAUCGUCGCCGUGCGGCAGAUGAUCUUGGCCUCAGAUCAAAAGGAGCGAAAAGAAGCGCUACACAAAUUGCUUUUCAUGCAACGGGAAGACAUGGUAGAGCUCUUUGAGAUCAUGAGCGGUCUUCCAGUGACCAUCCGACUGUUGGACCCCCCGUUGCACGAGUUCCUCCCCCACACAGAGUCCGAGCUUGCCGCAGUGGCCAGAGCCGCUGGCAUGCCGCUGGAGCGCUUGAAGCGACGUGCUAACGAGAUUCAGGAGUCCAACCCAAUGCUCGGGCACCGCGGCUGCCGCUUGGCCAUCACCUAUCCAGAGAUUUGCGAGAUGCAGGCGCGUGCCAUCUUCGGAGCCGCCGCGCAAGUGAAGAACUGUCCCAUGGUGGAGGUCAUGGUGCCUUUGGUGGCCUCGCUAGAAGAGUUCAAGACAAUCAAGGAGAUCAUUGACAAGACCGCACAGGCAGUGCAGGCAGAGGAGGGCGUAAAGCUCCACUAUGGAGUUGGAAGCAUGAUUGAGCUGCCUCGGGCUUGUCUGCAAGCAGGGCGCUUGGCGGAGCAAGCAGAGUUCUUCAGCUUUGGCACCAACGAUCUGACGCAGACCACCUACGGACUCAGUCGAGAUGACGUGGGCAACUUCAUGAGCACCUACAAGGCCAAGGGCGUCAUGGAAGAGGAUCCGUUUGUCAGCAUCGAUGAGCAAGGCGUAGGCGAACUCAUGAAGUUGGCCAUGAAGCGAGGGCAGAAGACUCGCGCUGGAAUCGAGAUGGGCAUUUGUGGUGAGCACGGCGGCGAUCCAUCCUCCAUCGAAUUCUGCCAAAGGCUUGGCCUGGACUAUGUGAGCUGCUCGCCCUACCGCGUGCCCAUCGCUAGGCUAGCAGCAGCACAAGCAGCCCUGAAGGACAAGGGCUUCAAGGCCAAGGCCAUCUCUACAAAGGCCGCUAAGCCCCUCCGAACGGCCUUCGGGCCUUGGUAG